AUGAGUUUUGACCCUCUUCGCCCACGGGGGCGGCCAGCCCACACACCCGGCACCACAAUUCUAGCAUACACGCCUGAUGGACGACGGAUCAUAACUGGUGGCUCCAACUCGGCAAUUCGGAUUUACACGGUUGGCGAGGAUGGAGAGCCCAAGACCAUUGACGAAGGUGUUGACGCGCAUUUCGGCAUUGGUGCUACGAAUCGGACUUUCAUCAUGGGUGCUGAGGACGGAACGGUCUGGAAGUACGAUAUUAUGUCGGGCAAGAUGCAGAACUUGCUUGUACGAUGCGCUUUGCCGGUCAGGGAUAUCGCAGUGACAAGGGACGGAGAAUGGGUUGCGGUAGCCAGCGAUGAGCUCACAGUCAAGAUUGUCAAAGUCGACGACAUGACACAAGUCAAGUAUCUCCGGGAACAAUCCAAGGGCACAAAGCACGUCACGUUCGAUCCUAGUGGUCGAUACGCAACGGUCUCCGGAACAGACGGAAUCUUGUACGUCUACUCCAUGCACGAAGAAGAGCCGGAGCUAGUUCGCAAACUCGAUGGAGUGAUCCGGCGACUGGAGCCAGAUGCCGAGGCGACAUCAAGAGCAGUAUGGCACCCUGAUGGAACUGCAUUUGCUUCUGCGGAAGUGACCAGAGAUAUCUCUAUCUACUCAGUCUCGGAAUGGAAAAAAGAAAAAACAUUUGCUGGCGGUCAUACCGGCGAUAUCACAGCCUUGAGCUGGGCGCCGAACGGAUCCCUCUUAGCAUCUGCAGGAGCAGAUGGGUAUAUUGUGCUCUGGGAAGCAAACACACAAAAGGUUUUGCAGCGUUACGAGUUUGGAAAUGUCAUGAACCUUUCCUGGCACCCGACCAAGAAUUCGCUUUCAUUCACCACUUCGGACGGAGAGCUUUUUAUUUACGAUAACUUCGUGCCAAAGGAUCACGAGUCCCUGUUGCAAAAACAACUACAGGCCGCUCCUAUAUUGCCGGGGCCAUUAGGCGAAAUCUCUAACAAUGUUGGGCGAACCACACUGGCGGAUCGGUCUAAGCAGGCCAUCCAACGAGCGGCGAGAAGAGGAACGCCAGACUCGCUGGAUGAUAUCCUAGGUGGAGAUGAAGAUAUGAUAGAUUUUGUGGAGGAUGAUGAUGGGGCUGGUUAUGCCGAUGAGGAGCUCAAUCUCUAUGGCAAACGGCCUAACGGACACCUCGAUGAUAUUGCCGGUUCCAAUAAUAAGCGCAUUUACUCUGGCGCUGAAAAGCCCAAGGCCCACCCGCCUCUUCAGCCCGGUAGCACUCCUUGGGCCGGCAGCCGAAGAUAUCUUUGCCUGAACUUGACUGGAGCUGUGUGGACAGUCGACCAGGAGACGCAUCACACUGUUACGGUGGAGUUCUAUGAUCGGGAAGCUCAUCGGGAUUUCCAUUUCACAGAUCCAUACAUGUACGACAAAGCUUGUCUGAAUGACAACGGUGCCCUUUUCGCCAAUAACCCUUCAGAUGGUAGUCUCACCACUAUCUUCUACCGUCCACAUGAAACAUGGACUGCGCGAGCAGACUGGCGGACCCAAUUGCCCGAGGGAGAACAAGUCCGAGCUCUGGCACUCAGUGAUUCAUACAUUGUCGCUGUGACCUCAAACAAUUAUGUUCGGGUAUACACACUCUUUGGGACUCCAUUCAAAGUGUAUAGACAGAAGAGCCAAGCCGUGACUUGCGCGGCCUGGCGCGAUUACAUCAUGAGUAUAGGGAAUGGGCCUGUCGGGCCUGAUGGUAUCUAUACGACAUUAAAAUAUACGGUGGAGAACGUCAAACGCGAUGAGGUCUGCCAGAACGAAGAUACUGUUGCUCUACCGGAAGGGGCGUCGCUCCAGAGUGUUUUCUUCUCUAAUAAUGGAGAUCCUUGCAUUUACGACUCGACUGGUGUCCUACUGGUCUUACAACACUGGCGUACACCUGGCCAGGCCAAAUGGGUUCCUCUCCUGGACACGAAGCAGAUGGAACGUCUUGCGGGAGGGCGAAAGGAAGAGACAUAUUGGCCGGUGGCUGUUGCGGAAAACAAGUUCCACUGCAUCAUUCUCAAGGGUGGCGACAAGCAUCCUUAUUUCCCGCGGCCACUGCUCAGUGAAUUCGACUUCCAGGUACCGGUAGCCAGUGCUCCUCCCAAUGGUUCCAGUGAAUCCGAAGACACGGCAGCAGAGAGUGCCCGCUUUGAGGAAUCAUUCGUACGUGGAAAUGUACUUUUGUCGCUUUUCCGUGAUCUUCUAUCUGCAACCAAUGCGACGGCCAGUCAGCGCUCUGAUCUGGCGCGGAGAGAGCUCGAUUUGGAUAAGAACUUGCUGCAGAUGCUGGCCAUCGAAUGCAGAGAGGGCGAGGAACGUGGAAUGAAAGCGCUAGAGCUAGUAGCCUUGAUGACAGAUCGCAAUGGUAAGAUGCUUGAGGCGGCUGCUAAGAUUGCACAACGAUACGGACGCGGUGUUCUAGAGGACAAGAUUCGCGAGCUGGCAGACCGACGUGUCAUGGGAAUGGAUGAUGAUGAAUUGGCUUAA